AUGUCUGACGGUAAAGUGGAGACCCCUCCGGACCAGUCCUCUGCCGCCGUCAGUCCACAUGCAUCUGUCCAGCAGAACAAUCCCCUGUCCCGGAAGCUCAACAAGAUCCUUGACACGAGACUGGACAAUGACAAGGAGAUGCUGGAGGCUCUCAAAGCUCUGUCAGUGUUUUUCACGGAGAACAGCCUGCGCACCAGGAGGAACCUGCGUGGGGACAUAGAGCGGCGGAGCCUGGCCAUCAACCAGGAUUUUGCACAAAUAUUCAAAGCGGUCAAAGAGGAGCUUGAAAGUGUCAGUGAAGACGUCCAGGCCAUGAGCAGCUGUUGUGAGGAGAUGACCAACAGGCUCAAGGCGACAAAGGAGCAGACGCAGGAUUUAAUUGUCAAGACCAACAAACUUCAGGGAGAAAAUCACCGGUUGGAGGUCCGAGCCCAGGUGGCCCAGGCGUUCCUCACCAAGUUCCAGCUGAGCAGUGAGGAGAUGUCCGUUCUGAGAGCUGCCCGGGACACGCCCAUCACAGAGGAUUUCUUCAAAGCUCUCCAUCGCGUGAAGCAGAUCCAUGAAGACGUCAAAGUCCUCCUGAGAACCAAUCAGCAGACGGCAGGGCUGGAGAUCAUGGAGCAGAUGGCCGUGUUACAGGAGACGUCUUAUGAACAGCUCUACCGCUGGGCCCAGAACGAGUGCAGAGGACUGACCCAGGAGACGUGUGACAUCAGCCCUGUGCUGAGCCAGGCCAUGGAGGCUCUGCAGGACCGCCCCGUGCUCUACAAGUACACCCUGGAUGAGUUUGGGACAGCCCGCCGGUGUGCUGUGGUCAGGGGCUUCAUCGACGCUCUGACACGAGGGGGGCCUGGAGGAACACCCCGGCCCAUAGAGAUGCACUCCCAUGACCCAAUGAGAUAUGUUGGGGACAUGCUGGCCUGGCUACACCAAGCUACUGCCUCAGAGAAGGAGCAUUUGGAGGCUCUGCUCAAGCAAGUGACAGUACCAGGGGUGGAGGAGAACAUGCAGGAGGUGGUUGGACACAUUACUGAGGGAGUGUGCCGGCCGCUCAAGGUGCGGAUAGAACAGGUGAUUGUGGCCGAGCCUGGAGCCGUCCUGCUCUACAAACUCUCCAACCUGCUCAAGUUCUACCAUCACACCAUAUGCUCUAUUAUUGGGACCAGCGCAGCCUCUCUGCUCAUGACCGUGGACGAGAUGCACAUUCUCAGCAAAAAGAUGUUCUUCAACAGCCUAAGCCUCCACGCCAGCCGCCUCAUGGACAAGGUGGAGUUACCUCCUGCUGACCUGGGUCCCACUGGCUCUCUCACCCAGACACUGUCCCUGCUGAGGGAGGUUCUGGCCUCACACGACUCCUCUGUGGUGCCGUUGGAUGCACGGCAGGCCGACUUUGCUCAGGUGCUGUCGUGUAUCUUGGACCCUCUACUUCAGCUGUGCACGGUCUCUGCCAGUAACCUGGGCACGGCGGACAUGGCCACUUACAUGGUCAACUCCCUGUACGUCAUGAAGACCUCUCUGGCUCUGUUUGAGUUUACAGACAAGAGGCUAGAGAUGCUGGAGUUCCAGAUUGAGGCUCAUCUUGACACGCUGAUCAACGAGCAGGCUUCAUACGUCCUGACCAGAGCCGGACUCAGCUACAUUUACAACUGCGUCCAGCAGCACGGCCCCGAACAGGGUCCUCUGUCUCUCCUUCCCAGCAUGGACAACUCUUCAGUCAAAGCCGCUAUGGUGCAGUUUGAUCGGUACUUAUCGUCUCCAGACACACUGACUUCUAUCUCUUCAUGUCUCUUUCUCCGGCCUCCUCUCCACUCUUCUCUUCUCUCCCCUCCUCUCUCUCCCCUGCACACUCUCCUCUCUUCUCUUCUCUCCCCUCCUCUGUCUCCCCUGCACACUCUCCUCUCUUCUCUUCUCUCCCCUCCUCUCUCUCCCCUGCACACCCUCCUCUCUUCUCUUCUCUCCCCUCCUCUCUCUCCCCUGCACACUCUCCCCUCUUCUCUUCUCUCCCCUCCUCUCUCUCCCCUGCACACUCUCCUCUCUUCUCUUCUCUCCCCUCCUCUCUCUCCCCUGCACACUCUCCUCUCUUCUCUUCUCUCCCCUCCUCUCUCUCCCCUGCACACUCUCCUCUCUUCUCUUCUCUCCCCUCCUCUCUCUCCCCUGCACACUCUUCUCUUCUCUCCCCUCCUCUCUCUCCCCUGCACACUCUCCACUCUUCUCUUCUCUCCCCUCCUCUCUCUCCCCUGCACACUCUUCUCUUCUCUCCCCUCCUCUCUCUCCCCUGCACACUCUCCCCUCUUCUCUUCUCUCCCCUCCUCUCUCUCCCCUGCACACUCUCCUCUCUUCUCUUCUCUCCCCUCCUCUCUCUCCCCUGCACACUCUCCACUCUUCUCUUCUCUCCCCUCCUCUCUCUCCCCCUGCACACUCUUCUCUUCUCUCCCCUCCUCUCUCUCCCCUGCACACUCUCCCUCUUCUCUUCUCUCCCCUCCUCUCUCUCCCCUGCACACUCUCCUCUCUUCUCUCUCUCUCUCUCUCCCCUGCACACUCUCCCUCUUCUCUUCUCUCUCCUCCUCUCUCUCCCCUGCACACUCUUCUCUCUCUCCCCUCCUCUCUCUCCCCUGCACACUCUCCACUCUUCUCUUCUCUCCCCUCCUCUCUCUCCCCUGCACACUCUCCUCUCUCUCUUCUCUCCCCUCCUCUCUCUCCCCUGCACACUCUCCCCUCUUCUCUUCUCUCCCCUCCUCUCUCUCCCCUGCACACUCUCCUCUCUUCUCUUCUCUCCCCUCCUCUCUCUCCCCUGCACACUCUCCCCUUCUCUUCUCUCCCCUCCUCUCUCUCCCCUGCACACUCUCCUCUCUUCUCUUCUCUCCCCUCCUCUCUCUCCCCCUGCACACUCUCCCCUCUUCUCUUCUCUCCCCCUCUCUCUCUCCCCUGCACACUCUCCUCUCUUCUCUCUCCCCCUCCUCUCUCUCCCCUGCACACUCUCCACUCUUCUCUUCUCUCCCCUCCUCUCUCUCCCCUGCACACUCUCCACUCUUCUCUUCUCUCCCCUCCUCUCUCUCCCCUGCACACUCUCCCUCUUCUCUUCUCUCCCCUCCUCUCUCUCCCCUGCACACUCUCCACUCUUCUCUUCUCUCCCCUCCUCUCUCUCCCCUGCACACUCUCCACUCUUCUCUUCUCUCCCCUCCUCUCUCUCCCCUGCACACUCUCCACUCUUCUCUUCUCUCCCCUCCUCUCUCUCCCCUGCACACUCUCCUCUCUCUCUCUUCUCUCCCCUCCUCUCUCUCCCCUGCACACUCUCCUCUCUUCUCUUCUCUCCCCUCCUCUCUCUCCCCUGCACACUCUCCUCUCUUCUCUUCUCCCCCCCUCCUCUCUCUCCCCUGCACACUCUCCUCUCUUCUCUUCUCUCCCCUCCUCUCUCUCCCCUGCACACUCUCCUCUCUUCUCUUCUCUCCCCUCCUCUCUCUCCCCUGCACACUCUCCUCUCUCUCUUCUCUCCCCUCCUCUCUCUCCCCUGCACACUCUCCUCUCUUCUCUUCUCUCCCCUCCUCUCUCUCCCCUGCACACUCUUCUCUCUCUCUCCCCUCCUCUCUCUCCCCUGCACACUCUCCCUCUUCUCUUCUCUCCCCUCCUCUCUCUCCCCUGCACACUCUCCCUCUUCUCUUCUCCCCCUCCUCUCUCUCCCCUGCACACUCUCCCUCUUCUCUUCUCUCCCCUCCUCUCUCUCCCCUGCACACUCUCCCUCUUCUCUUCUCUCCCCUCCUCUCUCUCCCCUGCACACUCUCCCUCUUCUCUUCUCUCCCCUCCUCUCUCUCCCCUGCACACUCUCCCUCUUCUCUUCUCUCCCCUCCUCUCUCUCCCCUGCACACUCUCCUCUCUUCUCUUCUCUCCCCUCCUCUCUCUCUCCCCUGCACACUCUCCUCUUCUCUUCUCUCCCCUCCUCUCUCUCCCCCUGCACACUCUCCUCUCUCUCUUCUCUCCCCUCCUCUCUCUCCCCUGCACACUCUCCUCUCUUCUCUUCUCUCCCCUCUCUCUCUCCCCUGCACACUCUCCUCUCUUCUCUUCUCUCCCCUCCUCUCUCUCCCCUGCACACUCUCCUCUCUUCUCUUCUCUCCCCUCCUCUCUCUCCCCUGCACACUCUCCUCUCUUCUCUUCUCUCCCCUCCUCUCUCUCCCCUGCACACUCUCCUCUCUUCUCUUCUCUCCCCUCCUCUCUCUCCCCUGCACACUCUCCCUCUUCUCUUCUCUCCCCUCCUCUCUCUCCCCUGCACACUCUCCUCUCUUCUCUCUCUCUCCCCUCCUCUCUCUCCCCUGCACACUCUCCCUCUUCUCUUCUCUCCCCUCCUCUCUCUCCCCUGCACACUCUCCUCUCUUCUCUUCUCUCCCCUCCUCUCUCUCCCCUGCACACUCUCCUCUCUUCUCUUCUCUCCCCUCCUCUCUCUCCCCUGCACACUCUCCUCUCUUCUCUUCUCUCCCCUCCUCUCUCUCCCCUGCACACUCUCUCUCUCUUCUCCCCUCCUCUCUCUCCCCUGCACACUCUCCUCUCUUCUCUUCUCUCCCCUCCUCUCUCUCCCCUGCACACUCUCCUCUCUCUCUCUUCUCUCCCCUCCUCUCUCUCCCCUGCACACUCUCCCCUCUUCUCUUCUCUCCCCUCCUCUCUCUCCCCUGCACACUCUCCUCUCUUCUUCUCUCCCCUCCUCUCUCUCCCCUGCACACUCUCCUCUCUUCUCUUCUCUCCCCUCCUCUCUCUCCCCUGCACACUCUCCUCUCUUCUCUUCUCUCCCCUCCUCUCUCUCCCCUGCACACUCUCCUCUCUUCUCUUCUCUCCCCUCCUCUCUCUCCCCUGCACACUCUCCCCUCUUCUCUUCUCUCCCCUCCUCUCUCUCCCCUGCACACUCUCCUCUCUUCUCUUCUCUCCCCUCCUCUCUCUCCCCUGCACACUCUCCUCUCUUCUCUUCUCUCCCCUCCUCUCUCUCCCCUGCACACUCUCCUCUCUUCUCUUCUCUCCCCUCCUCUCUCUCCCCUGCACACUCUCCCUCUUCUCUUCUCUCCCCUCCUCUCUCUCCCCUGCACACUCUCCCCUUCUCUUCUCUCCCCUCCUCUCUCUCCCCUGCACACUCUCCCCUCUUCUCUCUCUCCCCUCCUCUCUCUCCCCUGCACACUCUCCUCUCUUCUCUUCUCUCCCCUCCUCUCUCUCUCCCCUGCACACUCUCCCCUCUCUUCUCUCCCCUCCUCUCUCUCCCCCUGCACACUCUCCCUCUUCUCUUCUCUCCCCUCCUCUCUCUCCCCUGCACACUCUCCUCUCUUCUCUUCUCUCCCCUCCUCUCUCUCCCCUGCACACUCUCCUCUCUUCUCUUCUCUCCCCUCCUCUCUCUCCCCUGCACACUCUCCCUCUCUUCUCUCUCUCCCCUCCUCUCUCUCCCCUGCACACUCUCCUCUCUUCUCUUCUCUCCCCUCCUCUCUCUCCCCUGCACACUCUCCUCUCUCUCUCUUCUCUCCCCUCCUCUCUCUCCCCUGCACACUCUCCUCUCUUCUCUUCUCUCCCCCUCCUCUCUCUCCCCUGCACACUCUCCUCUCUUCUCUUCUCUCCCCCUCCUCUCUCUCCCCCUGCACACUCUCCUCUCUUCUCUUCUCUCCCCUCCUCUCUCUCCCCUGCACACUCUCCUCCUCUUCUCUUCUCUCCCCUCCUCUCUCUCCCCUGCACACUCUCCUCUCUUCUCUUCUCUCCCCUCCUCUCUCUCCCCUGCACACUCUCCUCUCUUCUCUUCUCUCCCCUCCUCUCUCUCCCCUGCACACUCUCCCUCUUCUCUUCUCUCCCCUCCUCUCUCUCCCCUGCACACUCUCCCUCUUCUCUUCUCUCCCCUCCUCUCUCUCCCCUGCACACUCUCCUCUCUUCUCUUCUCUCCCCUCCUCCUCUCCCCUGCACACUCUCCCCUCUUCUCUUCUCUCCCCUCCUCUCUCUCCCCUGCACACUCUCCCCUCUUCUCUUCUCUCCCCUCCUCUCUCUCCCCUGCACACUCUCCUCUCUUCUCUUCUCUCCCCUCCUCUCUCUCCCCUGCACACUCUCCCCUCUUCUCUUCUCUCCCCUCCUCUCUCUCCCCUGCACACUCUCCUCUCUUCUCUUCUCUCCCCUCCUCUCUCUCCCCUGCACACUCUCCUCUCUUCUCUUCUCUCCCCUCCUCUCUCUCCCCUGCACACUCUUCUCUCUCUCUCCCCUCCUCUCUCUCCCCCUGCACACUCUCCUCUCUUCUCUUCUCUCCCCUCCUCUCUCUCCCCUGCACACUCUCCCUCUUCUCUUCUCUCCCCUCCUCUCUCUCCCCUGCACACUCUCCUCUCUUCUCUUCUCUCCCCUCCUCUCUCUCCCCUGCACACUCUCCCUCUUCUCUUCUCUCCCCUCCUCUCUCUCCCCUGCACACUCUCCCUCUCUUCUCUCCCCUCCUCUCUCUCCCCCUGCACACUCUCCCUCUUCUCUUCUCUCCCCUCCUCUCUCUCUCCCCUGCACACUCUCCCUCUUCUCCUCUCUCCCCUCCUCUCUCUCCCUCCUCUCCUCUUCUCUUCCUCCUCACCCUCUCUCUCUCUCUCUCUCUCUCUCCCCUGCACACUCUUCUCUCUCCCCCCUCCUCUCUCUCCCCUGCACACUCUCCCCUCUUCUCUUCUCUCCCCUCCUCUCUCUCCCCCUCACACUCUCCCCUCUUCUCUCUCCCUCCUCACUCCCCUGCACACUCUCCUCUCUUCUCUUCUCUCCCCUCCUCUCUCUCCCCUGCACACUCUCCUCUCUCUCUCUCUCCCCUCCUCUCUCUCCCCUGCACACUCUCCUCUCUUCUCUCUCUCCCCUCCUCUCUCUCCCCUGCACACUCCUCUUCUCUCCCCUCCUCUCUCUCCCCUGCACACUCUCUCUCUCUCCCCUCCUCUCUCUCCCCUGCACACUCUCCUCUCUCUCCUCUCUCUCCCCUGCACCUCUCCUCUCUUCUCUUCUCUCCCCUCCUCUCUCUCCCCUGCACACUCUCCUCUCUUCUCUUCUCUCCCCUCCUCUCUCUCCCCUGCACACUCUCCUCUCUUCUCUUCUCUCCCCUCCUCUCUCUCCCUGCACACUCUCCUCUCUUCUCUUCUCUCCCCUCCUCUCUCUCCCCUGCACACUCUCCUCUCUUCUCUUCUCUCCCCUCCUCUCUCUCCCCUGCACACUCUCCUCUCUUCUCUUCUCUCCCCUCCUCUCUCUCCCCUGCACACUCUCCUCUCUUCUCUUCUCUCCCCUCCUCUCUCUCCCCUGCACACUCUCCUCUCUUCUCUUCUCUCCCCUCCUCUCUCUCCCCUGCACACUCUCCCUCUUCUCUUCUCUCCCCUCCUCUCUCUCCCCUGCACACUCUCUUCUCUUCUCUCCCCUCCUCUCUCUCCCCUGCACACUCUCCUCUCUUCUCUUCUCUCCCCCUCCUCUCUCUCCCCUGCACACUCUCCUCUCUUCUCUUCUCUCCCCUCCUCUCUCUCCCCUGCACACUCUCCUCUCUCUCUCUCUCUCUCCCCUCCUCUCUCUCCCCUGCACACUCUCCUCUCUUCUCUUCUCUCCCCUCCUCUCUCUCCCCUGCACACUCUCCUCUCUUCUCUUCUCUCCCCUCCUCUCUCUCCCCUGCACACUCUCCUCUCUUCUCUUCUCUCCCCUCCUCUCUCUCCCCUGCACACUCUCCCUCUUCUCUUCUCUCCCCUCCUCUCUCUCCCCUGCACACUCUCCCCUCUUCUCUUCUCUCCCCUCCUCUCUCUCCCCUGCACACUCUCCUCUCUUCUUCUCUCCCCUCCUCUCUCUCCCCUGCACACUCUCCUCUCUUCUCUUCUCUCCCCUCCUCUCUCUCCCCUGCACACUCUCCUCUCUUCUCUUCUCUCCCCUCCUCUCUCUCCCCUGCACACUCUCCUCUCUUCUCUUCUCUCCCCUCCUCUCUCUCCCCUGCACACUCUCCCUCUUCUCUUCUCUCCCCUCCUCUCUCUCCCCUGCCACACUCUCCUCUCUUCUCUUCUCUCCCCUCCUCUCUCUCCCCUGCACACUCUCCUCUCUUCUCUUCUCUCCCCUCCUCUCUCUCCCCUGCACACUCUCCUCUCUUCUCUUCUCUCCCCUCCUCUCUCUCCCCUGCACACUCUCCUCUCUUCUCUUCUCUCCCCUCCUCUCUCUCCCCUGCACACUCUCCUCUCUUCUCUUCUCUCCCCUCCUCUCUCUCCCCUGCACACUCUCCUCUCUUCUCUUCUCUCCCCUCCUCUCUCUCCCCUGCACACUCUCCUCUCUUCUCUUCUCUCCCCUCCUCUCUCUCCCCUGCACACUCUCCUCUCUUCUCUUCUCUCCCCUCCUCUCUCUCCCCUGCACACUCUCCUCUCUUCUCUUCUCUCCCCUCCUCUCUCUCCCCUGCACACUCUCCUCUCUUCUCUUCUCUCCCCUCCUCUCUCUCCCCUGCACACUCUCCUCUCUUCUCUUCUCUCCCCUCCUCUCUCUCCCCUGCACACUCUCCUCUCUUCUCUUCUCUCCCCUCCUCUCUCUCCCCUGCACACUCUCCCCUCUUCUCUUCUCUCCCCUCCUCUCUCUCCCCUGCACACUCUCCUCUCUUCUCUCUCUCCCCUCCUCUCUCUCCCCUGCACACUCUCCCUCUUCUCUUCUCUCCCCUCCUCUCUCUCCCCUGCACACUCUCCUCUCUUCUCUUCUCUCCCCUCCUCUCUCUCCCCUGCACACUCUCCUCUCUUCUCUUCUCUCCCCUCCUCUCUCUCCCCUGCACACUCUCCUCUCUUCUCUUCUCUCCCCUCCUCUCUCUCCCCUGCACACUCUCCCUCUUCUCUUCUCUCCCCUCCUCUCUCUCCCCUGCACACUCUCCUCUCUUCUCUUCUCUCCCCCCUCUCUCUCCCCUGCACACUCUCCUCUCUUCUCUUCUCUCCCCUCCUCUCUCUCCCCUGCACACUCUCCUCUCUUCUCUUCUCUCCCCUCCUCUCUCUCCCCUGCACACUCUCCUCUCUUCUCUUCUCUCCCUCCUCUCUCUCCCCUGCACACUCUCCCCUCUCUCUCUUCUCUCCCCUCCUCUCUCUCCCCUGCACACUCUCCUCUCUUCUCUUCUCUCCCCUCCUCUCUCUCCCCUGCACACUCUCCUCUCUUCUCUUCUCUCCCCUCCUCUCUCUCCCCUGCACACUCUCCCUCUUCUCUUCUCUCCCCUCCUCUCUCUCCCCUGCACACUCUCCCUCUUCUCUUCUCUCCCCUCCUCUCUCUCCCCUGCACACUCUCCUCUCUUCUCUUCUCUCCCCUCCUCUCUCUCCCCUGCACACUCUCCUCUCUUCUCUUCUCUCCCCUCCUCUCUCUCCCCUGCACACUCUCCUCUCUUCUCUUCUCUCCCCUCCUCUCUCUCCCCUGCACACUCUCCUCUCUUCUCUUCUCUCCCCUCCUCUCUCUCCCCUGCACACUCUCCCUCUUCUCUUCUCUCCCCUCCUCUCUCUCCCCUGCACACUCUCCUCUCUUCUCUUCUCUCCCCUCCUCUCUCUCCCCUGCACACUCUCCCUCUUCUCUUCUCUCCCCUCCUCUCUCUCCCCUGCACACUCUCCUCUCUUCUCUUCUCUCCCCCUCCUCUCUCUCUCCCCUGCACACUCUCCUCUCUUCUCUUCUCUCCCCUCCUCUCUCUCCCCUGCACACUCUCCUCUCUUCUCUUCUCUCCCCUCCUCUCUCUCCCCUGCACACUCUCCUCUCUUCUCUCUCUCUCCCUCCUCUCUCUCCCCUCCUCUCUCUCCCCUGCACACUCUCCUCUCUUCUCUUCUCUCCCCUCCUCUCUCUCCCCUGCACACUCUCCUCUCUUCUUCUCUCCCCUCCUCUCUCUCCCCUGCACACUCUCCCCUGCUUCUCUUCUCUCUCCCUCCUCUCUCUCUCCCCCUGCACACUCUCCUCUCUUCUCUUCUCUCCCCUCCUCUCUCUCCCCUGCACACUCUCCUCUCUUCUCUUCUCUCCCCUCCUCUCUCUCCCCUGCACACUCUCCUCUCUUCUCUUCUCUCCCCUCCUCUCUCUCUCCCCUGCACACUCUCCUCUCUUCUCUUCUCUCCCCUCCUCUCUCUCCCCUGCACACUCUCCCUCUUCUCUUCUCUCCCCUCCUCUCUCUCCCCUGCACACUCUCCUCUUCUCUUCUCUCCCCUCCUCUCUCUCCCCUGCACACUCUCCUCUUUCUCUUCUCUCCCCUCCUCUCUCUCCCCUGCACACUCUCCUCUCUUCUCUUCUCUCCCCUCCUCUCUCUCCCCUGCACACUCUCCUCUCUUCUCUUCUCUCCCCUCCUCUCUCUCCCCUGCACACUCUCCUCUCUUCUCUUCUCUCCCCUCCUCUCUCUCCCCUGCACACUCUCCUCUCUUCUCUUCUCUCCCCUCCUCUCUCUCCCCUGCACACUCUCCUCUCUUCUCUUCUCUCCCCUCCUCUCUCUCCCCUGCACACUCUCCUCUCUUCUCUUCUCUCCCCUCCUCUCUCUCCCCUGCACACUCUCCUCUCUUCUCUUCUCUCCCCUCCUCUCUCUCCCCUGCACACUCUCCUCUCUUCUCUUCUCUCCCCUCCUCUCUCUCCCCUGCACACUCUCCCUCUUCUCUUCUCUCCCCUCCUCUCUCUCCCCUGCACACUCUCCUCUCUUCUCUUCUCUCCCCUCCUCUCUCUCCCCUGCACACUCUCCUCUCUUCUCUUCUCUCCCCUCCUCUCUCUCCCCUGCACACUCUCCACUCUUCUCUUCUCUCCCCUCCUCUCUCUCCCCUGCACACUCUCCUCUCUUCUCUUCUCUCCCCUCCUCUCUCUCCCCUGCACACUCUCCUCUCUUCUCUUCUCUCCCCUCCUCUCUCUCCCCUGCACACUCUCCUCUCUUCUCUUCUCUCCCCUCCUCUCUCUCCCCUGCACACUCUCCUCUCUUCUCUUCUCUCCCCUCCUCUCUCUCCCCUGCACACUCUCCUCUCUUCUCUUCUCUCCCCUCCUCUCUCUCCCCUGCACACUCUCCUCUCUUCUCUUCUCUCCCCUCCUCUCUCUCCCCUGCACACUCUCCUCUCUUCUCUUCUCUCCCCUCCUCUCUCUCCCCUGCACACUCUCCAUCUCUUCUCCUUCUCUCCCCUCCUCUCUCUCCCCUGCACACUCUCCACUCUUCUCUUCUCUCCCCUCCUCUCUCUCCCCUGCACACUCUCCCUCUUCUCUUCUCUCCCCUCCUCUCUCUCCCCUGCACACUCUCCUCUCUUCUCUUCUCUCCCCUCCUCUCUCUCCCCUGCACACUCUCCCCUCUUCUCUUCUCUCCCCUCCUCUCUCUCCCCUGCACACUCUCCACUCUUCUCUUCUCUCCCCUCCUCUCUCUCCCCUGCACACUCUCCCCCUCUUCUCUUCUCUCCCCUCCUCUCUCUCCCCUGCACACUCUCCUCUCUUCUCUUCUCUCCCCUCCUCUCUCUCCCCCUGCACACUCUCCUCUCUUCUCUUCUCUCCCCUCUCUCUCUCCCCUGCACACUCUCCUCUCUUCUCUUCUCUCCCCUCCUCUCUCUCCCCUGCACACUCUUCUCUUCUCUCCCCUCCUCUCUCUCCCCUGCACACUCUCCUCUCUUCUCUUCUCUCCCCUCCUCUCUCUCCCCUGCACACUCUCCCUCUUCUCUUCUCUCCCCUCCUCUCUCUCCCCUGCACACUCUCCCUCUUCUCUUCUCUCCCCUCCUCUCUCUCCCCUGCACACUCUCCUCUCUUCUCUUCUCUCCCCUCCUCUCUCUCCCCUGCACACUCUCCUCUCUUCUCUUCUCUCUCCCCUCCUCUCUCUCCCCUGCACACACUCUCCCUCUUCUCUUCUCUCCCCUCCUCUCUCUCCCCUGCACACUCUCCUCUUCUCUUCUCUCCCCUCCUCUCUCUCCCCUGCACACUCUCCCCUCUUCUCUCUCUCCCCUCCUCUCUCUCCCCUGCACACUCUCCUCUUCUCUUCUCUCCCCUCCUCUCUCUCCCCUGCACACUCUCCCCUCUUCUCUCCCCUCCUCUCUCUCCCCUGCACACUCUCCUCUCUUCUCUUCUCUCCCUCCUCUCUCUCCCCUGCACACUCUCCUCUUCUCUCCCCUCCUCUCUCUCCCCUGCACACUCUCCUCUCUUCUCUUCUCCCCCUCCUCUCUCUCCCCUGCACACUCUCCUCUCUUCUCUUCUCUCCCCUCCUCUCUCUCCCCUGCACACUCUCCCUCUUCUCUUCUCUCCCCUCCUCUCUCUCCCCUGCACACUCUCCUCUCUUCUCUUCUCUCCCCUCCUCUCUCUCCCCUGCACACUCUCCCCUCUUCUCUCCCCUCCUCUCUCUCCCCUGCACACUCUCCCUCUUCUCUCUCUCCCCUCCUCUCUCUCCCCUGCACACUCUCCCUCUUCUCUUCUCUCCCCUCCUCUCUCUCCCCUGCACACUCUCCUCUCUUCUCUUCUCUCCCCUCCUCUCUCUCCCCUGCACACUCUCCCCUCUCUCUUCUCUCCCCUCCUCUCUCUCCUCCCUGCACACUCUCCCCUGCUCUUCUCUCCCCUCCUCUCUCUCCCCUGCACACUCUCCCCUCUUCUCUUCUCUCCCCUCCUCUCUCUCCCCUGCACACUCUCCCCUCUUCUCUUCUCUCCCCUCCUCUCUCUCCCCUGCACACUCUCCUCUCUUCUCUUCUCUCCCCUCCUUCUCUCUCCCCUGCACACUCUCCUCUCUUCUCUUCUCUCCCCUCCUCUCUCUCCCCUGCACACUCUCCUCUCUUCUCUUCUCUCCCCUCCUCUCUCUCCCCUGCACACUCUCCUCUCUUCUCUUCUCUCCCCUCCUCUCUCUCCCUGCACACUCUCCUCUCUUCUCUCUCCCCUCCUCUCUCUCCCCUGCACACUCUCCUCUCUUCUCUUCUCUCCCCUCCUCUCUCUCCCCUGCACACUCUCCACUCUUCUCUUCUCUCCCCUCCUCUCUCUCCCCUGCACACUCUCCCCUCUUCUCUUCUCUCCCCUCCUCUCUCUCCCCUGCACACUCUCCUCUCUUCUCUUCUCUCCCCUCCUCUCUCUCCCCUGCACACUCUCCCUCUUCUCUUCUCUCCCCUCCUCUCUCUCCCCUGCACACUCUCCCUCUCUUCUCUUCUCUCCCCUCCUCUCUCUCCCCUGCACACUCUCCUCUCUUCUCUUCUCUCCCUCCUCUCUCUCCCCUGCACACUCUCCUCUCUUCUCUUCUCCCCCUCCUCUCUCUCCCCUGCACACUCUCCUCUCUUCUCUCCCCUCCUCUCUCUCCCCUGCACACUCUCCACUCUUCUCUUCUCUCCCCUCCUCUCUCUCCCCUGCACACUCUCCCUCUUCUCUCCCCUUCUCUUCUCCCUGCACACUCUCUCUCUCUCCCCUGCACCAUUCUCCCCCUCCUCUCUCUCCCUGCACACUCUCCCCUCUUCUCUCCCCUCCUCUCUCUCCCCUGCACACUCUCCACUCUUCUCUUCUCUCCCCUCCUCUCUCUCCCCUGCACACUCUCCUCUCUUCUCUUCUCUCCCCUCCUCUCUCUCCCCUGCACACUCUCCACUCUUCUCUUCUCUCCCUCCUCUCUCUCCCCUGCACACUCUCCUCUCUUCUCUUCUCUCCCCUCCUCUCUCUCCCCUGCACACUCUCCUCUCUUCUCUUCUCUCCCCUCCUCUCUCUCCCCUGCACACUCUCCUCUCUUCUCUUCCCUCCCCUCCUCUCUCUCCCCUGCACACUCUCCUCUCUUCUCUUCUCUCCCCUCCUCUCUCUCCCCUGCACACUCUCUUCUCUUCUCUCCCCUCCACACUCUCCUCUCUUCUCUUCUCUCCCCUCCUCUCUCUCCCUGCACACUCUCCUCUCUUCUCUUCUCUCCCCUCCUCUCUCUCCCUGCACACUCUCCUCUCUUCUCUUCUCUCCCCUCCUCUCUCUCCCCUGCACACUCUUCUCUUCUCUCCCCCUCCUCUCUCUCCCCUGCACACUCUCCCCUCUUCUCUUCUCUCCCCUCCUCUCUCUCCCCUGCACACUCUCCCUCUUCUCUUCUCUCCCCUCCUCUCUCUCCCCUGCACACUCUCCUCUCUUCUCUUCUCUCCCCUCCUCUCUCUCCCCUGCCACUCUCCACUCUUCUCUUCUCUCCCCUCCUCUCUCUCCCCUGCACACUCUCCUCUCUUCUCUUCUCUCCCCUCCUCUCUCUCCCCUGCACACUCUCCUCUCUUCUCUUCUCUCCCCUCCUCUCUCUCUCCCUGCACACUCUCUCUCUCUUCUCUUCCCUCCUCUCCUCCCCUCCUCUGUCUCCCCUGCACACUCUCCUCUCUUCUCUUCUCUCCCCUCCUCUCUCUCCCUGCACACUCUCCUCUCUUCUCUUCUCUCCCCUCCUCUCUCUCCCCUGCACACUCUCCUCUCUUCUCUUCUCUCCCCUCCUCUCUCUCCCCUCUGUCUCACCUGCACACUCUUCUCUCCCUUCCUCUCUCUCCCCUGCACACUCUUCUCUUCUCUCCCUCCUCUCUCUCCCCUGCACACUCUUCUCUUCUCUCCCCUCUCUCUCUCCCCUGCACACUCUCCUCUCUUCUCUUCUCUCCCCUCCUCUCUCUCCCCUGCACACUCUUUCUCUUCUCUCCCCUCCUCUCUCUCCCCUGUACACUCUCCCCUCUUCUCUUCUCUCCCCUCCUCUCUCUCGCCUGCACACUCUCCUCUCUUCUCUUCUCUCCCCUCCUCUCUCUCCCCUGCACACUCUCCUCUCUUCUCUUCUCUCCCCUCCUCUCUCUCCCCUGCACACUCUCCUCUCUUCUCUUCUCUCCCCUCCUCUCUCUCCCCUGCACACUCUCCCCUCUUCUCUUCUCUCCUCUCUCUCUCCCCUGCACACUCUUCUCUUCUCUCCCCUCCUCUCUCUCCCCUGCACACUCUCCUCUCUUCUCUUCUCUCCCCUCCUCUCUCUCCCCUGCACACUCUCCUCUCUUCUCUUCUCUCCCCUCCUCUCUCUCCCCUGCACACUCUUCUCUUCUCUCCCCUCCUCUCUCUCCCCUGUACACUCUCCCCUCUUCUCUUCUCUCCCCUCCUCUCUCUCGCCUGCACACUCUCCACUCUUCUCUUCUCUCCCCUCCUCUCUCUCCCCUGCACACUCUCCUCUCUUCUCUUCUCUCCCCUCCUCUCUCUCCCCUGCACACUCUCCUCUCUUCUCUUCUCUCCCCUCCUCUCUCUCCCCUGCACACUCUCCCCUCUUCUCUUCUCUCCCCUCCUCUCUCUCCCCUGCACACUCUCCUCUCUUCUCUUCUCUCCCCUCCUCUCUCUCCCCUGUACACUCUCCCCUCUUCUCUUCUCUCCCCUCCUCUCUCUCCCCUGCACACUCUCCUCUCUUCUCUUCUCUCCCCUCCUCUCUCUCCCCUGCACACUCUCCCCUCUUCUCUUCUCUCCCCUCCUCUCUCCCCUGCACACUCUCCUCUCUUCUCUUCUCUCCCCUCCUCUGUCUCCCCUGCACACUCUCCACUCUUCUCUUCUCUCCCCUCCUCUCUCUCCCCUGCACACUCUCCUCUCUUCUCUUCUCUCCCCUCCUCUCUCUCCCCUGCACACUCUCCUCUCUUCUCUUCUCUCCCCUCCUCUCUCUCCCCUGCACACUCUCCUCUCUUCUCUUCUCUCCCCUCCUCUGUCUCCCCUGCACACUCUCCCCUCUUCUCUUCUCUCCCCUCCUCUCUCUCCCCUGCACACUCUCCUCUCUUCUCUUCUCUCCCCUCCUCUCUCUCCCCUGCACACUCUCCUCUCUUCUCUUCUCUCCCCUCCUCUCUCUCCCCUGCACACUCUCCUCUCUUCUCUUCUCUCCCCUCCUCUGUCUCCCCUGCACACUCUCCCCUCUUCUCUUCUCUCCCCUCCUCUCUCUCCCCUGCACACUCUCCUCUCUUCUCUUCUCUCCCCUCCUCUCUCUCCCCUGCACACUCUCCUCUCUUCUCUUCUCUCCCCUCCUCUCUCUCUCCCUCCUCUGUCUCCCCUGCACACUCUCCUCUCUUCUCUUCUCUCCCCUCCUCUCUCUCCCCUGCACACUCUCCCCUCUUCUCUUCUCUCCCCUCCUCUCUCUCCCCUGCACACUCUUCUCUUCUCUCCCUCCUCCUCUCUCUCCCCUGCACACUCUCCCCUCUUCUCUUCUCUCCCCUCCUCUCUCUCCCCUGCACACUCUCCUCUCUUCUCUUCUCUCCCCUCCUCUCUCUCCCCUGCACACUCUUCUCUACUCUCCCUCUUCUCUUCUCUCCCCUCCUCUCUCUCGCCUGCACACUCUCCACUCUUCUCUUCUCUCCCCUCCUCUCUCUCCCCUGCACACUCUCCUCUCUUCUCUUCUCUCCCCUCCUCUGUCUCCCCUGCACACUCUCCUCUCUUCUCUUCUCUCCCCUCCUCUCUCUCCCCUGCACACUCUCCUCUCUUCUCUUCUCUCCCCUCCUCUCUCUCCCCUGCACACUCUUCUCUUCUCUCCCCUCCUCUCUCUCCCCUGUCCGCGAGUGGGAGAAGUGGCGCAGGCUCCGGCCCUCCCACCGUGGCCUCGUGUGGGGGGGAGUCUCUGGGGGGAGAGCAAGCAUCCUGCACAGCAUGGAGCAGAUCUUCCGCCUGUCCACAGAGCUGGUGUGCAGGGCGUACAGGGAGGUGUACGCCGCACUCACCAGCCCGGCUAACGGCUACAAGGAACUCGAAAGCCUCAUGCCCCGUUCACCCCAGCAGGUCCAGACUCUACUGUCCUGA